GAUGCAAAUAUCUUGCAACUCUGAUUUUCCAUUUCGCUUGUAGCUUUGGCAUCCUAUUUUGUUAGGCUCACACUUCGUGUCUAAAUCGUGUGAAACUUGCUGAAAUCCUUGUUAUUUAAGAUAGUCCAUUUUGAACGUUAGCUUUUCACAAAAAUUCCCAGUGAUAUAUAUGAUAUUCUAAAUUAGCUCCAAAACUUGUAGUAUUCCACUUUGAAACUUAGUUUUGACACAUUUAAGGAUUUGGUCUAAACCAAGAUGAAAAUUUGUUUUCCCUCCAAUUUAUGUUUUAUCAUUGCAGACUUUCCUGAAAAAAUCAUCAGAGCUAAGAUAGAAUUUGGUAAACAGCGAAUACUUUCCCCUAAGUAGUAAUUUUGUUUCCCAAUUUGACCUAUAAGAAUAUUAAAUGGCUAUAACAAAUCUGUGUGUAAAAUCAAAUUAACAAAAUAUGGUUAUAUUUUAUUAUUAAGUCGAGUGUCUCAAUUUUUGUUCAUGAUAGAAUUUUGUUAUUAUGAUAUAAAAAUUGUGGUCAGGUGGGAUACUAAACUGUGAUUGAAGUAGUUGUGAUAAGUCAAUCCUAAUCCUCAGCCCAACGAUCCAAGCUUUUGUUGAAGUUAGACUCUUGAAUCAAAGAAAUUAAUACCUUCUUAUACAAAAUUCGGAUCAACCAAGAAACAAAAAUCGAAUUAGAUUACCUCUUAAGAUCAAAAAUCUAGAUGCAAGAUUUGAAACUUUGCCCUAAAUUGAGUCGUUCCACCAUGGAAUUUGAUCAAGACUUGAUUGAAUGACUUGAAUACAAUCUACCAUAAGAAUGACUUGAAAUCUUAGAAAUGGCAAGAAUGAUGCUCAAAUUUUUUAGGGUGAAAGUCUCAAUUUGAGAGUUCAUUCAUUUAUAAUCUCAUAAGCUUGUUUUUACAUGCCAUUUUGUGGGUAUUUAUAGCCUCUCCACAAAAGAAACCCCCAUCCUUCACAUAGCCGCUAAAAGAAGUGAGUGAAGUUCUUCCUUCUACCCUUCAAAUGCCCACUAAAAAGAGUUAUGAAAUUAAAAUAAUAAAUAAAGUCUACAAGGAAAUUAUUGAUCAAGUGCUAUUUAAGAUAACCCUAACCUUGCAAAUCUUAACUUCCAAAGCUCCAAAUGGUCUCGUAGAUGAAGAAGGAACACUUAUUGAAUCUUCUUGGCCUUGGAUCGUAGGUCCAGUUGAAGCUUGUUGAAUACCAUGCUCAGUCCCUUGAUAUAAUAAAUAAGAUAAUUUGAUGACAUAGCUUCUUUCAUUUUUCAUGUUUAUGACAUAGCUUCUACAUUUUCAUGUCCUGGGCUGCUAUAGAUAUGUACAUUAGCAUUGGCAAUGUUUAAUUUUUUUAGUUAAAAAUUUAUUUGAAAAAUAAUUAUUCACUGAGUAGGCCAAAAGAUUAAAGGGACAAACUAUCAAGAGGUUUUGGUUUAUUAUUAUUAUUGUUUAAUUAUCAUCAUCUCCAUUCAUUUAGAUUUAAAAAAAUAAUAAUAAUUAAUUGAAAGGACCUUUUGUGUUUCUUUUUUUUGGGUUUCUGAGAUGGUGUCUCCUCUAUGCAAUAAAGAUCUAGAGUCGGAAGUUCAUCUCUGCCUUCAUUGCUCCUAUGCUGAAAGUUUUUGGAAUUAUGUUCUUUCCACGUUCAAUUGGUUGUGGUCCACCCUUGGACAUCAACAUUCUAUUACCAACAAUUUUGACAACUGUCAAACAAAUUGAAGAUGCUUUCAAAGAGUUUACAACAAGGGAGGAUAUUGCAAUAGUGAUGAUUAGUCAAUAUGUUGCAAACAUGAUCAGGUUUCUGGUAGAUAGCUAUAACAAGCCAAUUCCUGCGAUAUUGGAGAUUCCUUCCAAGGAUCACCCAUAUGACCCGGCACACGAUUCAAUUCUUUCCCGAGUAAAGAAUCUGUUUUCUACUGAAUCGGUGGCAUCUGGGAGGCGUUAAAAAGAUAUUCCAAGUCAUCUUCCUUUCUUCAAACAUGCUGCACUUGGUUGGUGUUCCCCGCUUUCUUCUGCAGUAGAAUUUCAUAUUUUGUAAUGAUUCUAUUCAUAUUUUGAUCACUUGAAUAAAACUUGAAGAAACAUGGAGCUAGAGGAGCUCCUCGUGGGUAUCCAAGCAACCCCAUUGUUUUUCUUGUACCUUAUUCCGUACAUUUAAAACUGCAACCUAGAGGCAUUACAUCUACAUAUAUCUAAAACCAUUUGCCUCCGUAUUUUUUUUGGCGUUUAAAUCCAGUCCAUCUCACAGUUUCAUAUUA